UUGUGUGUGUGCAUACCACCACAGCACCACCAUCAUCAUGCCUCGGUCCUUCUUGGUGAAGAAAGUGAAGCUGGAUGAUUUCUCGGCUGCAGAGCUGGAGAGCUCCUAUGGCCAUGGCCGAAGAGAGGAGCUUAGUCUGCGAUUCCACCAUCAUGACAAAGGCUAUGUCAGCGAUUAUCUGAGCCCGUCUGCCUAUGAAGAUGUGGUGGGCAGCGACUCAUCUGUCAUCACUAAAGUUCCCUCCCCGGGCCACCCGUCCAUCAUCUACGAUCGACUUAACAACACCUACAGUGGUAUCCACGGCGACAUCCACGGAGACUCGGACCAGCCGGACAGCCCGCGGUCCGAAGUGUCAUCGUCAGCAGGUGGAUACAUCAACGGGGACGCGGCCGUAAGCGAGGGAUACACAGUGGACGCGUUCUUUAUCACAGAUGGACGGUCACGACGGAAAGCCUUGGGAAACCCCAGAGGAAGCAUGCAGAGGCACACGUGCAGCGAGUGCGGCAAGACCUACGCUACGUCGUCUAACCUCAGCCGACACAAGCAGACGCACAGGAGCAUAGAUAGCAAGAUGGCGAAGAAAUGUCCGACGUGUGGGAAGGUGUACGUUUCCAUGCCCGCGAUGGCCAUGCAUCUGCUGACCCACGACCUGAAGCACAAGUGUGACGUGUGCGGCAAGGCCUUCAGCCGGCCGUGGCUUUUGCAGGGGCAUAUGCGCUCGCACACGGGUGAGAAGCCAUUCGGGUGUGCACACUGCGGGAAAGCGUUCGCCGACCGGUCGAACCUGCGCGCUCACAUGCAGACCCAUUCGGCCUUCAAGCACUACAAGUGCAAACGGUGUGACAAGACAUUCGCUCUCAAGAGUUACCUGAACAAGCAUUACGAGUCAGCAUGCUUCAAGGGGGCUUUCUCGCCUCUCAGCUCGUUGGGGGAAUGACGGAUUUGAAAAAUCACAUCGAGUGUUCAUUUUAUUAGAGUUUACAGGCCUCCCUCCAUCCCUUCUUCCUGAUUUCCCCAAUGAGAAGAGCAGCAUUGAGCGCUACAAGGAGGAAGUGGUUUCUCUGCUCGUAUCACAAAGAGAAAAGCAGAUUGCAGAAUCGCCUGUCUUUAUCAAAGACCCCUCCAGCCCAUCCCUUCAUUUCCCACUUCCCUCUCUAGGAAAUGGGACAAAAUCAUGUCUGGGACAUUUUCCAAUUCUUGAUUUAGACUGAUUUGUCUUCCCUUUUGAUCAAACAUGCCCCUUAUUGAGGCAAUUUGAGUAUCUGUGAAGAUAAAUAAAGCACAGGACGUUCUAUUUAUGUCCAGGUCUGUCCUCACGUUUUUUUUUGACCUGAGACAAAAUGAGACAAAAGCACAAGUCUUCUUUCAUUUCUUUUUCUUUGACACACAUAUCACUGGAGGACAGCUGGAAUUUAAAGCAUGAAUCAAAUCUUCAUUUUUCUUGUAAGAACACUUUCACAGACACAAAGUAGUCAUGUGAUAUUUUUUGCCUCAUUAUUUUAAUGACGUCUCAAUGACUCAGUCUUUCUGAAACUGAACUAAAACUGAACUCACUAGUAGGGAUGCAAAGAGGCUGAAGAAACGAGAUAUGUCAUCAAAUGAACGAAAGGACAUGGUGUUUUCUCUCUGCGAUGAAACAAAACACUUGUAAAGUUUUUCCUUCACACUUGUACCCUGCUUUACCUAUACUGUGGCGGCUCUAGAUAUCACACAGUAUCAGUAUCAAGUCUGUUGAUGCAGAUGUGACCUGCCAGCAUGCUUUGAAAGUGGAGCCAGUAUGAUAUGUUUGCAUAAGUGAGUAACCUCGUAUCACUUCCCCAAACUGCAGGCAAAAUAUCAUGAACAGACUCACUGUGGGUAAUGUGGAGGUCUAGGUAUGGCAUGGUACACCUGUGUAGUGGAAAAUGAUCUCCCACAAGUGAAAUAUCAAUGUUACUUUUUUUUUUUAUAUUAUUAUUACAGAAGGUGUUUCUUUCUUGAAGGUUAGUUUUUGUCGGUGGAAAGUGACAGGGAAAAUGUGAGACUGAGAUGAAGAUCCUGAACUGGACUCGAGGCCAGGAUGCUGUGGCCGGCACCCUGCACUGAUCCACCAGGGUAUUGCUUGAAAAACAGUGUUUUCAUAUAGACAAAAUAUAAUGUAAUUUAUUUUUCCUUCUCUUCUGACAGGAUUCAAACGAGGACACAGACAUUGAAAAUGUCUUGACUUCCUCCAAAGGUUAAAAACCUUUUAUUCAAGUGUUGGACAAUAGUAUUCUUGUUGCCACACAGUAUUCAGCUUUGACGUUUAAAUCUCUCUUAUGUAUCUAUUUAUUGCCUAAUUUAUUGUUUUUUUAAUGUUUUUGUAGAUUAAUUGAUUUGCACUUUAAUUUAUUAUAGUUUUUGCCUUUGUUACAAAUAUGCCAAAGCAUUUGACACUUUCUAAUUACUGAAUAACUUCUUACUUUUGUCCGCCACUUUAAUUAUGAAAAAAAAAAAACAAAAAACAAAAAAACAAAAACAAACAAAAAAAAAACCUACUGCAUGCAAAAAAUAACAAUAGCCUAAUAAUGGAAUCUAUGCCAGUUUUAUGAAUCUUUGGAAUAUUUUGCCAAACUUCUUAGAUAUAGGCAAAUUUAACAAAUUUGUGUCUUGGGCAAUAUUUCAUUCAUAACCGAUAGAGCAAUAAUGCAUGAUAUUUUUGAAGAAACAUGAGUCAUAACUGCUAUGAUACUUGUAAUAUCUUGAUUUUGUCAAGUACCACUACUCUAUGUAGUUCUGAGAGAUAAAUCCAAUUUCAGGGAGUUAGCAAACCAAUUUAGUGUUAAAUAUGGAUAAAUAUGGGUUGGGGUUAGAGCCCUAUAUUUACAAGAAUUGUGAUAUUGCUUUGAUGGGACUUUUGUUUUGUUUUUAUUGUUUUUAGUCUACUUUAACUUAUUUUUUUUAGUAGCUGUGAUCGUUGGACAGCCAAUAGCAAGAUCACAUCUUUGUCACAAGAAGCAGAGAUGCAGUUUAUCAAUUUUUUUUCCCUUUUCAGACCUUUGCUGGUUUAGUAUGUAAUAUAAUCCCAAACCUCUGCCUCCUAGUCGUAACUGUAUCUCGGUUAGCAUCAGCUUACUGACGAACACGUCACAGGUAAGCACUGGGAACUGAUGGGGCUUCCAGGGACUUCGCACACAUGCCACAACUCCUUUAGAUGGAGGGCUCCGAGUCGGGAAGGGAGGGGUCUUUUUGUACAUGGUUUAUGCACUGCCUGCCUCGUAUUAUUAUUCUAUAAUAUUGUAGAACGUAGAGGGUACUACUGUAGGCCUCUGGUGCUGAAACAUGGACGAAAACACAAUCCAAGAACAUCCUUUGAGUUUGUUCAAAUCAGCAAGUGAUCGCUUUCCUCCGAUUGGGUUAACCUGAAGAGCCCGUGAAGUGACUCUUACUUUUUUGGUUUUAUGUAGUUCUGUUGAAACGGGACAUUUAAAAGUGCCGGGAAGGAUCAUUCACAAGUGCAAACCAAUAGGAUGUCAGCUGGGGAGAGAAACACAAUUUUAUUCGAAGGGAUAAGUGGAUGGGAGAGGAUGUUUUGUGAAGAUUUUAUUGGUUGAAAUUUUAAUUUACACCCACAAGUGCAGGAUGAUGUCACUCUCUAAGAUGCUCUGCUUUACAGGCAGUAGAGGUCAUGUGAGGUCAUUUAACUAGAUGUUGCCUCUGUCGCUGCGGUCACCUGCAAACUUCUUAUUUUGGUCUUUUGGGUUAGAUGACAUAUUGAUUCACCACUUGUGUUUCAUGGCCCAAGAUUCAGCAAUACUCGCUGCAAAAACUCCUGGACGUCCCUCUGAAAAUAAAGCUGUUUUCCUCUCCACCAUCUUCGGCUUGGUGAGGUUGUCAUGGUGCUCCCCGUGCAAUUACAAGGGUUGGUGGGAGAGAAGAGAAGAUAUUUUGUCUGUCUGAGUCAAUAUUUCAGCACCAGAGCGCAUCGAUGAACACUUAGAUUCUACUAUGAUCUACUGUAGCCUACUAUAGCCACAAGCUAGUUUACUUAUUAUUAUAUAAAAGCACUUCCUCUUACCAAUUAUAUCUUUCAACUUUUUACUCAAAGAUAGUAGCACAAUGAAAGAGUUUAGAUUCAGGUAGACAAUGCCUUGUAUGUAGAAAUAUCAACCUCUUCCUCCUUUUUCUACUAUGAUGAAUCAAAACUCUAAAAAAAAAAAAAAAAAGUGACAUGUUGAAAUGUAUGAAUGGAUACACCGAAAAUGACACAUGAUGUUGAAAACCGUGUACGAAUUGAACACCUUUAACACAUGUUGUCAUUUCAAACAUAUUUGUGCAUCUUCGCCACAUCUGUUUUCUAGAGUGAAUGAAAACUCGACUAUUUUGCGGCGAGACGCCUUGUAAAUACACAGUGACGCGACUUUGGAGUCUGAUUAUUUCUACGGAGCUGUAAAGAGCGAAAAUGAUGAUGAUGAUGAUGAUGAUGAUGAUGAUGAUGAAUAUUUCUGGAACUUCCUGCUUUGUUUUUGAGUUCUUCCUCUGGGGUUUUUUGGACCUCCGG